CGACAGCCUCUUCUGUCCUCCGCGGGCAUUGCACGACACGGGUGCACUUACCUACAUGCAGAUAUUGGCAUCAACCUGACAGAUCCUGUGUUCAGGGGAAUUUAUAGGGGGGUGCAGAAGCAUCAAGAUGACUUACAGGAUGUAAUAAAGAGAGCUAUCCAGAUUGGUGUUAAAAAGUUUAUGAUUACAGGUGGAAGUCUACAAGACAGUAAAGAUGCACUGCAGUUGGCACAAACAAAUGGUACCUCAUAUUACUUUUACCAAAACAAAAUAUGAAUUAGCUAAUUUUGAAGAAUUCUUUCUGAGAACUGCUUCAGAUAUGUUUUUCAGUACAGUUGGGUGUCAUCCCACAAGAUGUGAUGAAUUUGAAAAGAAUGACCCUGACCAUUACUUAAUGGAGUUGCUACAUCUUGCUGAGAACAACAAGGGGAAGGUUGUAGCAAUAGGGGAGUGUGGACUUGAUUUUGACCGACUUCAGUUUUGUCCCAAAGAUACUCAGCUCAAAUAUUUUGAAAAGCAAUUUGAACUGUCAGAACAAACAAAAUUACCAAUGUUUCUUCAUUGUCGAAACUCACACGAUGAAUUUUUGGACAUAAUGAAAAGAAAUAGAGAUCGGUGUGUGGGUGGAGUGGUGCAUUCAUUUGAUGGUACCAAGGAAGCAGCGGCUGCUCUGAUUGACUUGGACCUUUAUAUAGGAUUUAAUGGCUGUUCACUGAAAACUGAAGCUAAUUUGGAAGUUCUGAAGUCAAUACCUAGUGAAAAAUUAAUGAUUGAGACAGAUGCUCCUUGGUGUGGAGUUAAAAGUACACAUGCGGGAUCAAAAUAUAUAAAAACUUCAUUUCCCACCAAAAAGAAAUGGGAAAAUGGACAUUGUUUAAAAGAUAGAAAUGAACCUUGCCAUAUAAUUCAAAUACUGGAGAUAAUGUCAGCAGUAAGAGAAGAAGAACCACUGGAAUUGGCCAACACGCUAUAUAACAACACCAUCAAAAUAUUUUUUUCCUGAUAUUUAAUAUGCCUGUGUUUUCCAUCUUUCUUACCAUGUAUGUGAAAUUUCAUGUUAAAACUAAGUUUUAUAAUGGAAAACUAAGUUUCAUUUCUGGAAGGUGUCUCAAGAGUUUGUGCUGUUCAUUACCCCCUCACUUUUACCCUAAAGCAUAUCAGUGCUGUCUAUGCUACUUAAUGCCUUAGUUUAACAAUGAAAACCUAUUUUUAUUGUGUAAUCUCAUCAAAAGUCUCAAAGGACAAUUUUGUUACACUCCUGCAAACACAGAAUGGCUGUUUUGACCUAAAAAUUAAACAGCACAUUCUGGUUUAUAUCAAAGUUUAGUUGAUAACAAGCUUAUUUCUCAAUUCUCA